CUCCAACAGGUGUCUAUAAGAAAUGUUCUUCUCUCAGAGCAAUUUCAACCCGAGCGUCGGAAGAAUAAUGGAAAUACUUCGGUUUUUCUCAACAUGUCGUAGCUCUUAAAAUAAGACGAAAACAACAUAAACUGGAGUCAAACUUUUGUGCGCUCCCGUGAGGAUUUACGCAUGGAGAAACGUUCACUUUUUAUGUAUAUAGUCCAUAAACAUUCUGUUUCAUUUUUGUACUUCAAAUGAAUUAAUCGAUAUAUUGAUUCUGAACGAAGAGUGAUUUCGUUUUUCUGCGCUGGAUCUCCACCACCUGCUCUUCAUAUAUGGGAGUCUCCUGAUCUCCAACAUCUCCCGACUGACAUCUGCGAUCGAUUGGAUUGAUUGGGAAGACAACUAACUCUUGAGAUGGACACAGUUUUCAUAUAUUAAUAAUGACCAUCGCAUUGAGAUCGCCAAACUGAAAACUUGGGCUCAGCUGAAAGUCUGAACUGGUGGACGAUGAAGACAGUUUCAUAUAUUCUUGCUGCGUUGAUCAUCUGGAACUCAGCAGCCUGUGUAAGUGGAGAACAAGAACAUUUUCUAGAGCCCUCUGAGUCCCCCUGGACUCUGCAGUCUUUGGCUGAGGAGGAAACGCGUUUACCCUGUCGAUUCAAUGUAUCGAACCGUGAGAUUAAGGUGGUGCAGGUGAUGUGGAUUCGAGAAAACUCAAAUGGAGGUGAAGAACAGAUUAUCACUGCUCAUUUCAGUGAAGGCCAGACAGAAAGCCCUGCAUACACAGGGCGUGCUCGAUUCGCAACCAACGACCCAAUAGCAGACGCUGCUCUGAUUCUCAUGGGCACACGUUCUGCAGAUGAGGGCAAAUACAUCUGCAAAAUCGCCACCUUCCCCGCUGGAAACUUUGAGAGAGAGAUUUUGGUCACAGUGUGGACUAAACCCAUUACGUCCCUGCAGCCGUUCGUCCUGGUUGAGGGCCAGUCAUUCCGUCCGGCCGCUAUAUGCCGUUCGGUGGCUAAGCCGAUGGCAGGCCUCUCCUGGGACACGGAGCUCGCGGGUCAGAGUCAGAACCGUAGCUCAGAUGGUGAGGUGGCCUCCAUCCAGUUUUCUCUCCACCCUCUCCGUAACAUGAACGGGCAGAAGCUGGACUGUCUGGCCUGGCAUCCAUCGCAAAAAGGCCCAGUGAGGUUCUCCAAUAACCUUGUAGUACACUACCCUCCGAAUGCAUUGAUAUCUGGCUAUGAGGACAACUGGUAUGCUGAAAUGCAAGAAGCCACGCUGCAGUGCAGUGGUCAAGGAAAUCCAGAACCUCAGAGAUUCAACUGGAUGAGGAAAGAUGAAGCUCUACCAGAGGGUGUGACUGUGGAAGGAGGCACGCUGCGCUUUUCCAGGCCCCUGAGCUUGACAGAUCAAGGCGUUUAUGUCUGCACCACCACCAAUGAGGUGGGAUCUGGAAAAGCUGAGAUUCGAAUAAAUAUAUCAGAGUCGUCUCCGAGAAACGCAUCAGUGAACUACUUGAUGAUGAUUAUUAUUGCUGGUGUUGCUGCAGUGAUUGUUCUCGCUCUUAUCAUAGUGAUAAUUUCAGUAAACCGCUACUAUAAGCGCAAAAAUCAACAACUGGCUAUAGAGCUGGUUGCAAAAAAGGAGGAAAUCAGCACUCUAUCAAGACAAGCCUCAAUUAGGAGAGUCAACUCAGGAAGCACAGACAACAGAUACUCGGAUGACAAUAAUCCUUUAAGAGUUGAAGGGACGAUACGCACAAGUUUCUCUUCACUGGAUCGUCCUCGCUCCAGGGAUAGUCGGUCCACGCUGGGAGGGGUGGACUCACUCGGUCGCCCUGCAAUUUAUAACACGUCCAGAAGAGGUCGAGACAAACUGAUGGACAGAACUGAAAAAGAAGCUCGGCUGAUGAUGGAGUCUUAUGAGCAGGACAGUAACGUGUCACAGGAAACCCAACUUCUCCCUCCUCUCCACCCCUCUUCUUAUUCAAUGGAACAGGCUGUUGAAAUUGUGCGGUCUCGGAACGGCAGCGCCAUUCUCCCAGCAGAGGGGAGGCCGCAGUCAGGAGGAAGCAGCAGAGGGGGCAGCAGAGGGCAUCAUUCGCCCUUAGUAUCCAUGUACCCGACUCUUACGGAUGAGGAAGAGGAAGAUUCUGUGAGCCCUACGGAUUCAGGAGUCCACAGAGGUUUAAUGGAGCCUGAUGGAUUUGAGAACGGCGGCAGCGAGACGGCGAGUUCUCAGAUAUCUGAGGCGCUAUCCAGUCAUUUUGAGCGCACUAACGGCACGCUAUGGCCCAAGUCAAAACCCAAUAACAUCCUGCUCCCGGCCAACACAACCCUUUUCCUUCCGCCGCAUAGCCCAACUAUCCACAAAGCUCAAAUCGUUUAGAGUGUUUGUAUGGAAACGUCCAUAUAAACACAGUUGAUAUUACAACCGAAGGAUGUGUUCCUCUGUAAUUUCACUCGACCCAAAAAUGCUGUGUCUGGACAACCAACCCAAAAAUGGAUCUUUUGUAUGAAUUUUUAUAUGACUACAUUCUCAAGGUGGCAAAAACAUGGACCGAAUGACUAUCAGGCCAUAAUGUAAACUCAAACCUGAAAAACAAUACCAGCAUUACUUAAACAGUCCCUCAAAUAAUUGUGUAAUCCGGAACUGUGACUUUUUGACCUUGAUGUCUGUAAUCCAGAGAUGUAAAAAUGGUGUUUCGAUAUAUAUAUAUUUUUAAUAUAUGUGUGUAUUAUGUAUUUUGACAGGAAACUACCCACUGCAUGAAUAGUAUUAUGAAGUAUUGCAUUACCUUGUUUUGAAAAUGGCUCCUGCAUGUUCACCGAAUGUCACUGUAGGAGUGACACUGUCAUUGUUUACAGCAUUUAUACUUCAUUAUGUACUAGUGCUUUAAAUGUAUUUAGUUUUAAUAAGUGGGCAGUGUUACCGCAAGCUCCUGAGAUACUCUUGUGAACUUUCUAUCUAACAAAAUAUAAAGCCAUGGGUCCUGAUGGUAACUUUGGCGUAUUCAAUUCACUGCAGUGUAUGGGGGUUAUUAAAUCAACCCUAAUUAUACUGCAUGUAUCUAUGUUAGAUGAAUUUCAGAAAACACAAUGUUAAAUCAGGACAUUAUUGUUCGGUGCUUUUCAGCCUAAAUUUAAAGGUGUGAUGAGAAAAAAAAUGUACCAUAUCAGCCAUAAUUAACACCAAAAUGCUACAAUAAAACUGGGGGUACUGUGAUAUUAGCCACCACUGUCAAAAA